UUUGUCUCACUUACAGUAUCAACUCUCCUCAGUUUGUCUUGCUUUACAGAUGGCAGAGUUUAAGAGCAUCCCGGACUCCAGUAGCGGCUCACAGAACAAUAUUUACUGCAAACUGAAAGAAGAUGCGAGUUCGACACCAUCACAGAAAGGUUGCUUGUUGUUUAAACCGUUUUGGAUUCCCCUGGUGUGUGGAAUGCUCUUUAUGGUCCUAUUGAUCACAGUCUCUGUGUCCUUUAAACAGCAAUUCAGUAAAUUGACUGAAUUAGAGAAUACAGUGGCCAAUCUGACAUCCUCGGUUGCUCUUCUCACUUCUAACCAACAAGAUACAAAUGAUAGAUUUGUGGAGAUGUUUGGUGAUCUGAAGGCUGAUUUGGAAAUCAGAAUUACAAAUUUGACCAAGCGUAAACCUGUUCUGAGCUGUAAACCUGGAUGGCAACUUUAUUUAUCCAGUUGCUAUCUAUUUUCUAGUACAGCACUGGAUUGGGUAAAAGCAAGAUCUUCCUGUAGUGCACAGGGUGCUCUGCUGCUCAUCCUGGGGCAGGACGCAAGCGAGUGGUACUUUAUUGUAACACGUGUCUCCAAAUCUAAGUCCCACUGGAUUGGUCUGACAGAUCAGACGACUGGUCAGUGGAGAUGGGUUGAUGGCUCACCCUAUAUCAUGGACAAGAGUCAGUGGGAACCAGGAGAACCAAAUAAUUUGAGCGGUGAGGACUGUGCAGAACUUACGUCAUCUGGAAAGCUAAACGAUGGGCUCUGUUCACGGUCUUUUCAGUUUAUCUGCAAAGCCCCAGCCAAUGAAAACUAACUACUGUAGUUGGCAUAUGCUGAUAUAAACUUGUCAUGUAAUCAAAGCAUUAUAAAGUAUUAUAAAGAGGAGAUGCUUAUUUGUCUUUAUAAAUCUCUGAAAAAAUUGUGAAUGUCUUGGUAACAUUAAGCCCCUGUAAUUGAUGUUAAAUUUGUUCUUUAUUAAUAACAAUACUGGUAGUCUGUUGCCAUACUUUUUGUUAAUAAUUAUAAAUUUUAAUGAUAAUUAUUAUACAUGUAUGAAUAUAACAUAUCAAGAAGUAAUCUAAUGUGUAGUAUCACAGUAUGCGAUUUCAGACCCAGGGCAGCUUGCUAUUUGCAAAUUCAUGUAUCUCCUGUCCUGAGUGCAUUUCUUCUGCCUUUGUGUUUACCUCUUGUGUCUUGUGAUUUGGAUUUGUUGGAUUGUGGUUUGGGGCUUUUGCCUGUUUUCUGAUCUUAUUUGGUGCAAUUCCCCUCCACAAAUCUCUGAAAGGAUCCUUACAACCCUUCAGUGUUUUUGCUGUUUCACAUAUAUGUUUUUAGAAUUGUUAAAUAUCAUAUCCACAUUUCUACAACCCAGUGUUAAAAGUUAACACUUGUAUUAUUUACAGAAACCAUCAUGACAGUGUUGUAUUUCGGGAAUAGGACUGCAAAAUUAAGUCUAACGAUGACCAAACACACUUAUAAUCAGGAAAAUGAUUACACCAUAGUAGUAAUAUUAGCAUUAACAAGCAAACAAUAUAAUUUUGGCUUCUGUGCUGUUCUAAAAACAAUAAAUCAAGGGCAAGUGCCCAGCUAAGAUAAAACUAAUCACUGUUACACUCUCAGUAAAAAAAGUACAAAAGUUGUAAAUUUUUGUCACUGGGAUGGUAGCUUUAAAAAAGGUUCUAAUACGAUCUAUUUUGUACCUUGGAGGUACCAGCGUGGUACUUAUAUGUACCUUUUUAUGUACAAAGUGUACUUUUUGCAAAGUUACCACCCCAGGGACAACUUUUGUACCUUUGUACUUGGUAGGGUGCAUUCUUAUUGUUUAUCUUUUCUUUGGUGAUUGUGUUUGUUAUCAGCAGGUAUCAUCAUCAAUGUUUAUUUAUCACUUCUUUAUCUCAUUAACUUAAACACUGAGGGGUGGUUCUCUGUUGACUAGGUUAAAUAAAGGUUAAUAAGUGUCCUGGACAGGAUUUAGAUCCAGGACUAGUUAUAUUAUGACAUUUAAAUAGUUUUUGCCACCAUACCUAUACUGGUGUGCAUCUUGGGACAAAACAAUGGCACUGAUAUGUUAAGGGAUGUCAGUGCAAGUUGUUUUUAAAUGAAGGCAGCUCAAACACACAUUUUAGUCUGGGACAAGGAUAAAUUCUGUCCGGGAAACAAUCAACCAAAAAAUUUACUCAAAUUAUUAUGCGGAUACUAAAAAGUAAAUAUUCUUUUAUAUGUUUACCGGAUGUCCAAACAACCCACUGGCAUGGGGACAAACAGGUCCCUUCUCUCUGAGUAGAAGUUUAAUGUACAUCCUGAAUGCAUUUUGUAUCAGUGUUUGUGCAUGUUUUUUUCCGUUGCCAACAUAUUACGUAAACAUAGCACUGGCAAGCAAUUGGCACAUUGUUCUGAAAAAUCUCUGUUAUAGCUACUAGACAGUUACACUGAAA